GCCCAGCCCGGCCCGAGGGGAGGAACCGGCCCGGCCUCCCCGCUCGCCCCGGAGCCACCUCUGGAGUCGCAGCUACUGCCCUCCGCGCGCCGGACCAGAGGCUACCCCUCGCCCCUCAGGCAGACGCCAUGAAGAUCAAGGAUGCCAAGAAACCCUCUUUCCCAUGGUUUGGCAUGGACAUCGGUGGAACUCUGGUAAAGCUAUCAUAUUUUGAACCUAUUGAUAUCACAGCAGAGGAAGAACAAGAAGAAGUUGAGAGCUUAAAAAGUAUCCGGAAAUAUUUGACUUCUAAUGUAGCAUAUGGAUCCACUGGUAUUCGGGAUGUACACCUUGAACUGAAAGAUUUAACACUUUUUGGCCGGAGAGGGAACUUGCACUUUAUCAGAUUUCCAACCCAGGACCUGCCUACUUUUAUACAAAUGGGAAGAGAUAAAAACUUCUCAACAUUACACACGGUGCUAUGUGCUACGGGAGGUGGUGCUUACAAGUUUGAAAAAGAUUUUCGCACAAUUGGAAACCUCCACCUGCACAAGCUGGAUGAACUUGACUGCCUUGUGAAGGGCUUGCUGUAUAUAGAUUCUGUCAGUUUCAAUGGACAAGCCGAGUGCUAUUAUUUUGCCAAUGCCUCAGAACCUGAGAGGUGCCAAAAGAUGCCUUUUAACCUGGAUGAUCCCUAUCCGCUCCUGGUAGUGAACAUUGGUUCGGGAGUCAGUAUUUUAGCAGUCCAUUCCAAAGACAGCUAUAAACGAGUAACCGGAACAAGCCUUGGAGGGGGUACCUUUCUGGGUUUAUGUAGCUUGUUGACUGGCUGUGAAAGUUUUGAAGAGGCUCUUGAAAUGGCGUCGAAAGGUGACAGCACACAAGCUGACAAACUCGUCCGUGAUAUUUACGGCGGAGAUUAUGAAAGAUUUGGUCUGCCUGGGUGGGCUGUAGCAUCUAGUUUUGGGAAUAUGAUUUAUAAGGAGAAGCGAGAAUCUGUUAGUAAAGAAGAUCUAGCAAGAGCUACUUUAGUUACUAUCACCAAUAACAUUGGUUCUAUAGCACGAAUGUGUGCUGUUAAUGAGAAAAUAAACAGAGUUGUCUUUGUUGGAAACUUUUUGCGUGUCAAUACUCUCUCAAUGAAACUUUUGGCAUAUGCACUGGAUUAUUGGUCCAAAGGUCAGCUGAAAGCAUUAUUUCUGGAGCAUGAGGGAUAUUUUGGAGCGGUCGGUGCACUUCUUGGUCUGCCAAAUUUCAGCUAAAGUAUCAGGUUUAUCUCUGCUAACGUCAUUCAAGAGGAACUGAAAACCGGAGGCAUUAUUACUGAGUUAUUUUUCACUGGGAACCAAAGGAUAAAAGAGUAGCACUCUUCCUGUUGAUUUUUAAAUGUCAGAAUGGUAAGCUGCUAAAUGUUGCCAUGUUAUAAAGCAAGCUCCAGUAACAUGAAAUAUUUCUAAUUGGAUUGCUUUUCUUUCUGUAUAUAGCCAGUGUUAAAUCCUUAGAUGCAAUACAGCCUCUGAUGAUUGAGCUUCCUCUCAAAAAGACUUUAUUUUAUGUAGCCAGCAUUGCAGUCCUGUAUGUUCAAAGAUGAAUCUUAAAGUCUCAGAAAUGUUUCGCUCAUGAAAAUAAUUGAUUCUGAAUGUUUGUUACAAGUCUGUUCUGUGUGUGUUUUGGUUGCUAAUACAUGGAUAGUAACAUACCCUGUGUGGAAACUUAUUGAAAUGGCAAUUAAAGAUGAUCAUUUUUAUGUGAUUUUAGAAAUGUUAAGGAAAUAUUAAUUAUUCAUUAUUGUUUUCCAGACAUAUCUUCUCCCAAAAAGUGUGUUUAUGUGAUCUACCCCCAGAAGUAUAACCUCUUUCAAAUGCCAUAAUUUAAUUGAAAUACUGUUGUUAAACAUUACCUGGAAUUUCAGAGUGAACCCUAGGAAAUGCACAUAAUUGGCGAUACUGCAUUUUUUGUAUUUUGAGUUUUAUCAGUACAUUUUAAAAUGUUUUUUAAUUGGAGGCUUAAUUACUUACUUGAAAAUCUGUUUGUUGAGGUUCCAGGAUGAUUCAAAUGGGGUGUAGUUUAUGUGUAUUGGUAGGGUUUUGUUCUCUUUCUACACCACAUCUAUCUUAGGCCCAGAGUUAGUUAGCCAUUUCUAUUUAAUUAGUUCUGAAGCAUCAAAGCUAAAGACUUUCUUUUAUGAACAGCAACAAAACAUUUAUUCUAAACGGAUGUUAUGGAAAUCUAAAGGACAAAUGGUUUUGAAACUGGGAAUCUGAGGCAUUAUUGCAGAAUUAUGAAAGGAUCAUUGUAUAUUCUGGUAAUAAAAACAUUAUAGUUCCAAAAUUUGUAUAUCCUUUUGCCUUGGAAUUCUCUAUUUUGAAGUCAUUUUUAAAUAAUGUUAUAAAUUUUUUCAGAUGUUUACUUUUGCAGUAACAUUUUGGAGGUCCAAUAAUAGUUCAGCGAAGUUUUCUGAGACUGUUAGUGAUGAUUUAGGUAGUUGAAAUACUUGGGAAAAUUGGGAAAAAAUAAUUCACUUCCUUAAAUUACAUCUGGAUGUAAUCUGGAUGUAUUUUGAAAAUCUGGAUGUACUUGGAAGAGCUUAAAACUUGUUUACAGAAAGAAAGAAGUAUUGCGAUGUGUUUUUACAGUACAGUUUUGCUCUGUAAAGAACAAUUUUCAGUUGACUCUCAAGAGCUGCUUGAUAAAGAUAUUUCUCAAGUUUUGCGCUCAAAUACUUAAACUUCAGUUUUCCUUUAUCUGUAGACAUGAACAUGUGAAUAAUAGGAGUAAUGUUCAGAGGGGAAAGCGUGUGAAGGUAAUUUUUUAGAAUUUAGAAUAUUUGGAACUUUGAAUUCAUUUCAGUCAGUGGUCAUUUUGAAAAUCUACAAUUAAACAUUUUCUACUUCAAUGUUUCCAUUUUGUGACUAGAUAUUUCAGCCCAAAGCUAUCUAUUUAUUUUAGAAUUUUGUGAUUUGGGCAUCUGUACAAAAAGACUUUGCUUUUAAAUAAUAGCUUUAAGUUUUACACUUGUGACAAACUGUAUGUUAGCAGUUACAGGUUUGGGGCUGUCUUUAAAAAGGAAAUAGAAUGGUAAAAUUAUAUAAAGUUUAAUUUGAUCAAUACUUUGGUUAAUUUGGGACUAUGAUUCAUACUUUCUGUGUUUUGAACCUGAAGCUCUGCCUGCUAAAAUGCAUAUAAAGUGAAUGACUUGGCUUUUCUCUUGUACAGUCUAGAAUGACUGGAAUAACUAAUAAGUAUUUCUUAUAAGAACAUAGAGUUGUGAUGAAGGCUGCCAAGAUUCUAGUUUUUUAUUAUGAUCCCAGGAAAAUGCUUGUAAGCAUAUAGUGGUAAAUAGGUUUGGUUCUAAUCCCAGUCAGCUUAAUGCCUCAAAGCUCUAAGUACUUGAACAGUGCUGUCUAAUAGAAAUCAAUAUGAGAAAUCAAUGUCAUUUUGUGUUUUCUAGUAGGCAUAUUUGAAAAAUAAAAAGAAACAGAUGAAAUUCUUUUAAAUUACAUAUUUUUAUUUAAUGCAGUGUAUGUUACCAUUUCAACAUGUAAUACAUUUAAAAAGUUAUGUAGGAGUUUUUUAAAGGAUUGUUGCUACUUAGUGUUCAAAGUCAGCAUAUACUUCACACUUACAACUCAGUUUAGACUAACCCAUUUCAAGUUUUCAGUAACCACAUUUGAGUAGUGGUUACUGUACUAGUGUAGUUUCUGGAACUAGCUCUUAAGACUAUGAAUAUGGGAACCUAAUUUUUUAAAAACAAAAAGAGGGAAAAGAAGUACCUUGUUUGGCCUAGUUUAUUUUACUCAGGCUGUAUUUCUGACCAUUCCAAAAAUUAUCUUACAUUGUAUCCUGCCAUCUCGUUAUAGUAUGUAUCAUUCUUCUAAUGAUACUAAUAAAAUUGUCCAAAACACAUGCUGACCAUCCUCAUCAGUCUAUCAAAAUGUGUAUUUCCUUCACUGAAGUAAAUGUUUAAGACAUUCCAGUGUCUUAAACUCCCCCCACCCCCACCCCGGGCAUCUUGUCUAACUGAACUCUCAGAAUUCUAAAGGACUAAAAAGAGACCCUUUUAAUUCUUCAUUGAGUUCCGUACACACAAAGAGAAUCAUGUUUAUAACUUUUGUAUUUGAUUUUCAGUUUUAAACCCCAGCAAUAACAUUUUCAAAUGCAGGGAGCACUGUCUGUCUGUUUUGGGGCUGGGUAAAGAGCACAAGGUCUUGAACCUUCCACCACCACUACCACCAUCCCUUCCCACAGAAGAUUACCUUUUAACUAGACUUGGAGAAUUAAUGGCCUUCUGUUCUACACCCUAACUUCUCCCAAGACAGCGUACUUGUAGACCUCUUUGUUUCUUGAAAUGGGUGUCCCCUAGUCAGCUACUAUAGUUUAAAUAGGUGGACUCUUAGUUUAGAUAAAGUUAGUGCCAUCGCCAGUGAUAUAUGUUGUGUCUUGAUAGUCCUUCUAGAAGUUCAGAUUGUUUGCCAGAUGUUAGACUUUAUAAAGAUACCUGAGUUUUUUACCUUGGUGUGCAAAUGUGUUUGUUGUAUUUUAAGCACCAGUUCCUAAAAGACCAUUUCUGUAAGAAAAAUGAUGUAGCUUUAAGGGAAGAGAUUUCUUCUGUGUCCAGUGGUACUCUUGCCUUCUAAGAUCAGUCCACCACAUCUUGCCUUGAUUUCUAAGAUUACAUUCUUGGGUGGAAAGCUUAGCGAGGCAGUAGUUUCCAAAUGUCCUUUAUAACCACUCUGCUGAUUAUAUGCAAAGUUUUUUAUAUCUUGUUUAUUUUUUUUCUUUUGAGCACUUUAUGCUUUUUAGUCUGUUGCAUUUGAGAGUGGUUUAGAAAUUUUUUCUCUUCUAAAAGCCAUGUAAAAACUGAUAAAAGAUAAUCACUAGAAAAAUGAGUAUGUGUUAUUUUGUAUUUAACUUAUUUGUUUUGUGGUAUGUAUAAGCAAGAUAUUAGAAAUGUACUGCAUUUUUGUAAUAAUACUUUUUGACCUUAAUUUAACAUGAUUUGUCAUGAAAUGUCUCUGAUGUUCUGUUUUCCCAAUAAGGUUGAUUAGGGUGUUUUAUUCUAAUAUGGAAGGAAUUCAGCCAACUUUGUUUCUGUCAUGAGAUAAUAAUCUCAGAAAGUCAUGUGCUUUAUCUAUAUUACUGCCUGUUUUCAGUAUUUGAGACAGUAGCUUUAUAUUUCUACUGAGCUUAGUAAAAGAUUAGCAAAGGCCUCAAAAAAUGAGUACUUUUUUAAAGAUAUUUUAAUAGCCUAUUGAGAAUAAUGGUUCUGUGAAAAGUAAACAACCUCAUCUUUUCAGACACAUAUAAAUUUCUUAAAAAUUUAUUUUAAUUGGAGGCUAAUUACUUUACAGUAUUGUAGUGGUUUUUGCCAUACAUUCACAUGAAUCAGCCGUGGGUGUACAUGUGUUCCCCACCCUGAACCCCCCUCCCACCUCCCUCCCCAUCCCAUCCCUCAGGGUCAUCCCAGUGCACCAGCCCUGAGCACCCUGUCUCAUGCAUCCAACCCGGACUGGUGAUCUGUUUCACAUUUGGUAAUAGACAUGUUCAAUGCUAUUCUCUCAAAUCAUCCCACCCUCGCCUUCUCCCACAGAGUCCAAAAGUCUGUUCUUUACAUCUGUGUCUCUUUUGCUGUCUCGCAUAUAGGGUCAUUGUUACCAUAUUUCUAAAUUCCAUAUAUAUGCGUUAAUAUACUGUAUUGGUGUUUUUCUUACUUACUUUGCUCUGUAUAUUAGGCUCCAGUUUCAUCCAACUCAUUAGAACUGAUUCAAAUGUAUUCUUUUUAAUAGCUGAGUAACAUUCCAUGGUGUAUAUGCACCACAGCUUUCUUAUCCAUUCGUCUGCUGAUGGGCAUCUAGGUUGCUUCUGUGCCCUGGCUGUUGUAAACAGUGCUGCGAUGAACACUGGGGUACACGUCAGACACACAUAAAUUUUCAGUGAUUCCCACUUCCAAAAAGUUUAAAUGCAUUCUCUGUCUUGUGUCUUGUGUCUUCUGUGGGUGUGGGCUCAUAACUUGGCAUUGUAUCAGAAGUAGCACCAGGCACUGAUCUAACUUCUUUGAAUGUUAUUUUGUGAAAUGAGGGUUUGAUUUAUUAACACUGGGGAAUGACUGGAUGAUCAUCAGGAUCCUGAGAAAGAUAGUUAGUUGCUCCAUUCAUGGAAGCAUUUGAGAUGACAGCAUUUGAGAUUGUUUAGCUAUGUGGUGUCAUGUUUUAUAAAGUUCAUUUUAUUUGUAUAUGUUCAGAGAUACUAGCUUUUGGAUUCUCACCAAUAGAAUGGUAUUAGUUAUUCUCUUAUAAUAUGUUUUGUUAUUGCCUGUAAUGGCCAAGUAAUAGAUAUACCUUAAUGUACUAUCAAGGGUUUAUAUAUAUAUAUAUAUAUAUAAACGUGUGUGUAUGUGUAUGUGCUUUAAUCUGUAAAGCUAUCUGGGAUUUUAUUGUGCUAUAACUUCAAAAUUAUAUGGGCAUUAUUAGAACUUUUAUAUUGUAGAAAAAGAAACAUACCACUAAAUUUAUGGAUGUUUGAAUGUUAGAUACAUUUGGGAUUUUCUUUAGUAAUCCUUUUCUUUAGUGUCAACCCCAUGAACUAUAGUCCACUAGUCCAUCUCUUUGUCCAUGGGAUUCAUACUGGAGUGGGUUGUUAUUCCCUUUCCCAGAGGAUCUUCCCAACCCAGGGAUCAAACCCGUCUCCUGCAUUGUAGGCAGAUUCUUUACCAUCUGAGCCACCAGAUUUUUCAUCAUUGUGAGUAGAUACAGAUGUGGGAUAAACCCCUCCUAGAAUUAUUUAUUGCUUUUAUCAAACACAGUUCAUAGUGGGAUUUAUAAAACACAAUGUUAAUUACCUGUGAGUUGAAAUAUCAUGGAUUAUAGUUAUCUACAUCAACUAUGAUAAAGACCUAAAAUACCUUUAUCUUUUGGAUUACCUGAGAAUAAUCUGACUGGACAUGUAUCUGACGUUUCCAGCUUAAUAAAUGUAGCAGUGAGUAGAUUUUGGGACUUUAGGUACUACAGUUGGUACUAAAUGAUGUGUUUGAGAGGAAGUCAAUUUUUUUUCCCUUAAGAAAACCCCGUAAGUCUUAACAUUCUGGCUCUUUCUGUAGUCAAGAGGUUAUCUCUCUUUUUAGAUUGUCAGUCUUUUUUUGCUGUAGCUGCCAGUAAUUCUGUGUUUAAAGAACUAAUGAGGAAUAUAUUUUUGAAAGGAGUGAAUAAAGUUAAAAUUCAAGAUUUUGAAUUGUAUAAAUAUGCAACUGAGUUUCAAGAUACUGCUUUUUUUUUCUAUUUCUUAACAUCUUUUGUACAUCGCAGUGCUUGCAGUUUUCUAUAGCUUUCAAAAGAAAACAUUUCAGUUUUGUAUAAUUUGUGGAGUGUACGUCAGUAAUAAAGAUCAUCUGAGAUUAUUUUAGCUAUCUCAAUCAUGGAUCUCAUACCUAGCAAAGUAGGUAGUCAGCACAGGUAUUAAGCCAUUUUGAAAUCUGCCACUUUUUUCUGAGGUGCCCUUUUUAGUUUACAUUUAGAAGCAAAAGAUAACUAUAUAGACCUAACAUCAAUAUUCUGGUCUCCUUGUCCCAAAUAUAAUUAAUGGAAUAUGGAUGUAAGUCAGGUUAAGAUGUUCUGUCAGUUUUCAAAAAUACAUUGUGUGCUCUGACUUUUUAUUUGAACUAAAGUGAAGUGAUAAGUGAUUUGACUUUUUAACUGAAGUUGAAUGGCAUUUGUCUUAAUUCUGUCCACUUAUAGAGUCAAAUCAUACCUAGAAUAUGUUUAAUUUUACUUAUACAAGCCAUUUCCAUUUCAGUUGCCUUAUUCUGUCUAUUGCAUUGUUCUUGCCAAGUCUAACCUCUGUUAUGUUGAAAUUACUCUAACACUGAACCUGUGAUGUAAAAAUGUAUGAUGUGCUACAAAUUUUAUUCAUAAUAAACUAAGUUAUAGCCUAUUGUAACCUAUAAAACAUUUCUUGUAAAUCAUCUAAUUUAUUUUUUCAUUUAUGUACAGUUUCUUAUGUAAGUUUUUAAAAUAUUUGUUGUGAUCUGUUCUAUAAACAUUCCCUUUUUCUUUUCCUUAAGUGUUAUUUGCAUGAAGGAAACUUGGGUUUUGCUUGUUGUAUUAAUUGGACAUUAAGCUAACUUAAGUACUGUCUACCUUCUUUUCUGUAGUUUAACUUUUUCUAGUUUUGUUCAUAUUCUAAAUAAAUGUUCAAAUCAUGCUUUUUAUUUCCAACUUUGCAAAUAAAUUCUCUAAGUUAUUUA